GCUCUCCUCAAAGUCGCGGUCCCCGCGCCCCGGACGUCCCGCUGGCCGCGGUGAGAGGCGGGGUGCCCGCUUGAGUUCGUGCUUCUGAGAAAUGUCUACCAAUGAGACAGAAGCCCCUGCCAACACCCAGGUGGCAGCUGAAGAACCGGUACAGCAGCCCAGCGUGGUGGACCGAGUGGCCAACAUGCCCCUCAUCAGCUCCACCUGCAGCAUGGUAUCGGCAGCCUACACCUCCACCAAGGAGAGCCACCCCCACGUCAAGACCGUCUGUGAUGUGGCAGAGAAAGGUGUGAAGACCCUCACAGCGGCUGCCGUCAGUGGGGCCCAGCCCAUCUUAUCCAAAUUGGAGCCCCAGAUCACAUCAGCCAGCGGAUAUGCCCAUAGGGGGCUGGAUAAGCUGGAGGAGAACCUGCCCAUCCUACAGCAGCAGACGGAGAAGGUCCUGGCGGAUACCAAGGAACUCGUGUCAUCCAAGGUGUCAGGGGCCCGAGAAGCUGUAUCCAACAGGGUGUCCAACGCCAAGGACACAGUGGCCACCCGAGUGACAGAGGCAGUAGACGUGACCCGGGGAGCUGUUCAGAGCGGCAUGGACAUGACCAAGUCCGUGGUGACCAGCAGUGUCCACUCAGUCAUGGGGUCCCGUGUGGGCCAGAUGGUGCUGAGCGGGGUGGACACAGUAUUGGGCAAGUCGGAGGAAUGGGUGGACAACCACCUGCCUAUGACAGACUCUGAGCUGGCCCACCUCGCCACACCUGUAGAAGGCUUCGACAUCGCCUCAGUGCAGCAGCAGCGGCAGGAACAGAGCUACUUCGUGCGUCUGGGCUCACUGUCGGAGCGGCUGCGCCAGCAGGCCUACAAGCACUCACUGUGCAAACUGCAGCACACCAGGCAGAGGGCCCAGGAGGCCCUGCUGCAGCUGGCGCAGGCACUCAGCCUGAUGGAAACUGUCAAGCAGGGAGUUGAUCAGAAGUUGGUGGAAGGUCAGGAGAAACUACACCAGAUGUGGCUCAACUGGAACCAGAAGCAGCUCCAGGGCACGGAGGGGCACCCAGAGAAGCCAGAGCAGGUUGAGUCCCAGACGCUCACCAUGUUCCGUGACAUUGCCCAGCAGCUGCAGGCCACCUGUACUUCGUUGGGGUCCAGCAUCCAGGGGCUGCCCACCCAUGUGAAGGACCAGGUGCAGCAGGCUCGCCGCCAGGUGGAAGACCUUCAAGCCACCUUUUCUGGCAUUCAUUCCUUCCAGGACCUGUCCAGCAGCAUCCUGACGCAGAGCCGCGAGCGAGUUGCCAAGGCCCGGGAGGCCCUUGACCACAUUGUCGAGUAUGUGGCCCAGAACACACCAAUCACUUGGGUGGUGGGACCCUUCGCCCCCGGAGUUACUGAGAAAGCCCCAGAAGAGAAGAAGUAGGAUAGACAGAAAGAGGCUUGGGGUCUCAGUCCCUCCCUGAGGGGCCAGAAAGGAGCCCUGGACCCCUUGCACCCCAGCUCAUCUUAGCUACUGCCUUGGGAAACUGGGGUCCUCCAAACAGACCAGUCCCUCCUCCUCUCUGAGCCUGGAGGAAGCAUGUUCUGAACCUUACUUCAUCAGUUAUUAAUGUGAGGUUUGUGGAAAUUUUUUUUCUAGAAGGUUUUAAAAAAAUUGUUUUAAAGAAGUUUCCAAAAACUUAUUUUCUUUCUUAAAAACUACAUCAAGGGCCACAAACAUCAGUGUUUAGGUACCAGACUUGGACUUCUGGUCUGUGAAGUGGGCCUCCUGCAGCAGGUUGGAGGUGGAGCUACCUAGGUGCAUUCUAGAGCAGAAGGGGGCUGAGGUCUGCCUGGCAAGCCGUAGGUGCCUGGAGCUUCAGUGUUGCCUUAAUAAAUUUUAUCUGCAGCUAA